GGGAGAGCGAGAGCGAGAGAGAGAGAGAACCACCCAAACUCCCCAAACCACCCAAUCAAGUGCAAUAUGAGAAUGUAGAGCCUAUCUGCCUGAGAGAGGAGGAGUUUCAUAAACACACUGGAGAGAGAGAGGACAGGAGAGAGGACCGUAAGAGAGGACAGGAAGAGAGGACAGGUAGGGGGACAGGUGAGAGGACUGGGGAGGGAACAGGUGAGAGGACAAGUGAGAUGACAGGAAGAAAUUAAGAGACAAAGAAGGAAAGGAACUCUUCAAACUGUCACAAUCAGUUUUCUUCGCAAAGAGAGAAGACAAAUUCUCCUCAAAUUCAGCCCAAACUCUACUACUUUCUAAGCUGUUUCUGGGAAACCUAAGGAAGAAAAGAGAGAAGACACUGGAAAGAAGACACACAGGAUAGAAGAGACACAGGAGAGGAGAGAAAGAGAGCCCUGAACUCACAGGAGAGUUAAGUGUCUCUAACAACAAGAAAACAAGCAGCUCACUGUCUAACUCGCCUACCCGGAGAGAAGGAAUACUCUGCACGUCUCUGUCUGAGGAACACGUAAGAGAGGGAAGAAACAGAGGAAUACAACAAGAUAAAUGAAGGAGUGAAGAGCGGGAUUCAAACUAAUCAAACCUGCUGACGACAAGAAAAAGAAGAGUGGAAGAAGAGAGAGAUAACAUCGCAUCGAACCACUUGGAAAACAUGGAAAGGAGGGAAUGUACAUUUAUGCGUACAAGGAACUCAUAGAAGGAAGAGAAAGAUAAAGCAAUUCCAGUUUUGAGAAAUGCUGUUGUACUGGAGUCAACUGUAGUGCAGGAUCUGUAUGUGUCUGUCCAGCCUCCACACUGCCUAGAACGUCUGUCCAGCCUCCACACUGCCUAGAACGUCUGUCCAGCUUCCACACUGCCUAGAACGUCUGUCCAGCCUCCACACUGCCUAGAACGUCUGUCCAGCCUCCACACUGCCUAGAACGUCUGUCCAGCCUCCACACUGACUAGAACGUCUGUCCAGCCUCCACACUGCCUAGAACGUCUGUCCAGCCUCCACAUUGCCUAGAACGUCUGUCCAGCUUCCACACUGCCUAGAACGUCUGUCCAGCCUCCACACUGCCUAGAACGUCUGUCCAGCCUCCACACUGCCUAGAACGUCUGAUUGGGGAUUUGGUAUUUAGACUGCAGAGUUGAAACCGCCACUCUGUCUGUUAACCAGGUCACUGCUGUUCUGUAUAUGAGAAUAUGUCCUCAGUGUCUAAAACUGUCUAACAGAGUUUAAUGAUUAAAUGAAUGAAAAUACGACAAUACAAUGUCUCAGGAGGAUGGUAGGAGUGUCGGGAGCGCGGGGAGCGCGGGGGCGGACAGCGAGUCGGACCACAAUGAACACCAGACCACUAUCCAGAACCAGACCUACGGUCAGGACCAAGACCAGGAUCCAGACCAGGUAUUAGAGGAUGUGAUUGUAGUACUGGACCGGAUGGCCAGUCUCUCUGUGGACAUGUUUGAGCCCAGCGACUUCAAGGGAAGGUUCACUAAGAUCAAGUCCAGAUCCAGGAAGAAAACCCAGAUCAUCAGAGCCUCUCCGGUGGGCUUAAAGCCACCCCUCCACCCCACCAGCGGUCCCUCGUCAGAGAGGAAGGGUCCCGUCGCCAUGGUGCCCGUUACUGUGGACCCCGAGAGCAAGCCAGGGGAGUUCGUCCUCAAGAGUCUGUUCGCUAACUUCACCUCCGUCUCCGAGAGGAAGAUACGCAUCAUCAUGGCCGAACCACUGGAGAAGCCUCUCAACAAGUCACUACAGAGAGGAGAGGAUCUACAGUUUGACCAGUUAAUCAGUACAAUGAGUUCUCUGGCUGAGUACUGUCUCCCCUCCAUUCUGAAGACACUGUUUGACUGGUAUAAACGACAAAAUGGACUAGAGGACGAGAGUCAUGAAUACAGACCCAGGGCCAAUACCAAGUCCAAGAGUGAUGAGCAGCAGAAGGACUACUUGCUGGAGAGGAGGGAUCUGGCCAUAGACUUCAUCUUCUCCCUGGUGCUCAUAGAAGUACUCAAACAGAUCCCACUCCAUCCUCUGAUGGAUGGGUUGAUUCAGGAAGUUAUUAACCUGGCUUUCAAACACUUCAAGUACAAGGAGGGCUACCUCGGUCCCAACACAGGGAACAUGCACAUGGUGGCUGACCUCUAUGCUGAGGUGGUGGGGGUCGUCGCACAGUCCAGGUUCCCUGCUGUGAGGAAGAAGUUCAUCUCUGAGCUGAAGGAGUUGAGACAGAAGGAACAGAACCACUAUGUGUUCCAGUCUACCAUCAGCCUCAUCAUGGGAGUCAAGUUCUUCAGGAUUAAGAUGUACCCCGUGGAGGACUUCGAGGCCUCCUUCCAGUUCAUGCAGGAGUGUGCCCAGUAUUUCCUGGAGGUGAAGGAUAAGGACAUUAAACAUUCUCUGGCUGGACUCUUCGUAGAGAUACUGGUUCCUGUAGCUGCAACGGUGAAGAACGAGGUGAAUGUUCCGUGUCUGAGGAACUUUGUAGAAAGUCUGUAUGACACUACGCUGGACCUGUCCUCUAGGAAGAAACACUCUCUGGCUCUGUUUCCAUUGGUUACCUGUCUGCUGUGUGUCAGUCAGAAGCAGCUCUUCCUCAACAGAUGGCACAUCUUCCUCAACAACUGUCUCUCCAACCUCAAGAAUAAGGAUCCCAAGAUGGCCCGUGUGGCUCUGGAGGCUCUCUACCGGCUCCUCUGGGUCUAUAUGAUCAGGAUCAAGUGUGAGAGCAACACCGGAACACAGAGUCGUCUGACGUCCAUCACCACCACUCUGUUCCCUAAGGGCAGUCGUAGUGUCGUACCCAGAGACAUGCCACUCAACAUCUUUGUCAAGAUCAUACAAUUUAUAGCCCAGGAAAGACUCGAUUUUGCCAUGAAGGAGAUCAUCUUUGACCUGCUGUGUGUCGGGAAGCCUGCCAAAGCGUUCAGUCUCAACCCAGAGCGUAUGAACAUAGGUCUGAGGGCCUUCCUGGUGAUAGCUGAUGCCCUGCAGCAGAAGGACGGGGAGCCUCCCAUGCCCAACACUGGAGCCACUCUGCCCUCUGGAAACUCUCUGAAGAAGAAGAAGACUUACCUCAGCAAGACGCUCACUGAGGACGAAGCCCAACUCAUAGGUAUGUCUCUGUACUACUCCCAGGUGCGUAAGGCCAUAGACAACAUCCUGAGACACUUGGACAAGGAGGUGGGCCGCUGUAUGAUGCUCACUAACGUACAGAUGCUCAACAAGGAACCAGAGGACAUGAUCACAGGGGAGAGGAAGCCUAAGAUAGAUCUGUUCAGGACGUGUGUGGCAGCUAUUCCUCGUAUCCUCCCUGACAGCAUGUCCAAACCUGAACUCAUAGACCUUUUGUCACGCCUGACUGUCCACAUGGACGACGAGCUCCGCCUCAUCUCCCAGAAUUCCUUGCAGAGCCUGCUGCUGGAUUUCUCUGAUUGGAGGGAGGACGUCCUGUUUGGAUAUACACACUUCCUGCUCCGAGAGGUUCAGGACACACACCAGGGUCUGCAGGACUCCUCCAUCAAACUACUGCUGCAACUGCUCACACAGUGGAGACUCACACUGCAGGUCCCUGGGAACAAACGGGCUGCUGAGGCCAGUCCCAGACUACCAGACCGUAGUCCUCACUGCUCAGUGCUUCAUGCUGUAGAAGGCCUGGCUCUGCUGCUCCUCUGCUCCUGUCAGACCAGCACACGCAAACUGGCUGUGUCUGUUCUCAGAGAAAUACGCAUUCUCUUCAAUACUAUAGGACACGCAGAGGAUGAUGACAAGCCUAUGAUAGAGGUGAUGGACCAGCUCAGUCCUGCUGUUAUGGACAGCUUUGUACACGUGGCUGUGUCCGACUCUUCCACCCUCCCUCUCAGCCACCACGUGGACCUACAGUGGUUGGUGGAGUGGACAGCCAGACUGGUGAGCAGUGCCUACGAUGUGAAGAGUCCCAGCCAUGUAUGGAUCUAUGCCCAGUGUGUCAAAGACCCCUGGGUACUCUGUCUGCACAGCUUCCUGCGCCAGGAACACCUCCCCAAACUCUGCCCUACCGCUCUCAGCUACGCCUGGCCCUACGCAUUCACCAGGCUACAGCUGCUGCUGCCGCUGGUUGACCCCAACAGUCCAGUGAAUGCUAAGAAGACCUCGUCGGCGGGCUCCAGUGACAGCUCCAUCUCUCUGUGGCGGAACUACCUGAUCCUGUGUCUGGGCGUGGCCAAACCCAGCAUCAUGUCACCUGGGCACCUGAGAGCCUCCACACCUGAAAUCACUGCUACCACACCUGACGGCAGUGUUACCUACGACAACAAGGUGAUAGGUACUCCGUCAGUGGCGUGGCUCCUGAAACAGCUGGUCCCUCUGAUGAGAGCUGAGAGCAUAGAGAUCACUGAAUGUCUAGUGCUGGGCCUUGGACGCACCAACGCACUGGUGUUCAGAGAAUUAGUGGAGGAGCUCCACCCACUGAUGAAGGAAGCCCUGGAACGGAGACCUGAGAAUAAGAAGCGUCGUGAGAGGAGGGACCUGCUCAGACUGCAGCUUCUCAGAAUCUUUGAACUGCUGGCCGACGCUGGAGUUAUCAGUGACAGUACUAACGGAGCGUUGGAGCGUGACAGCCUGGCGUUAGGAGCUCUGUUCCUGGAGUACGUGGACCUGACCAGGAUGCUGCUGGAAGCCGAGAACGACAAGGAGCUGGACGUCCUCAAAGACAUCAGGGCCCACUUCUCUGGCAUGGUGGCCAACCUCAUACAGUGUGUCCCUGUCCACCACCGGCGUUUCCUGUUCCCCCAGCAGUCUCUGAGGCACCACCUCUUCAUCCUGUUCAGCCAAUGGGCUGGCCCCUUCAGCGUGAUGUUCACGCCCCUCGACCGCUACAGCGACCGCAACCACCAGAUCACCAGAUACCAAUACUGUUCUCUGAAGGCGAUGUCCGCGGUGCUGUGUUGUGGUCCAGUGUUUGACAACGUGGGUCUCUCUACUGAUGGAUAUCUCUACAAAUGGCUGGACAACAUCCUGGCCUGCCACGACAUACGGGUGCACCGUCUGGGCUGUGAGGUGGUGAUUCUGCUGUUAGAGCUGAACCCAGAUCAGGUGAACCUGUUUAACUGGGCUGUAGACCGUUGCUUCACUGGCUCCUACCAACUGGCCUCAGGAUGCUUCAAGGCCAUCGCUACUGUCUGUGGCAGCAGGAACUACCCAUGUGACAUUGUGACUCUGUUGAACCUGGUGCUGUUCAAGUCUUCAGACACCAGCAGAGAGAUAUACGAGAUCUCCAUGCAGCUGAUGCAGGUUCUGGAAGCCAAGCUGUGUGUGUACUCUAAGCGCAUGGUGGAGCAGAAGCCUGGUAACAUUCUGUAUGGGACCCAUGGACCUCUACCUCCUCUCUACAGCGUCUCUCUGUCCUCACUCUCUACACAGCUGGCCUCCAUGUAUCCCGAGCUCACUCUGCCUCUCUUCUCAGAGGUGUCCCAGCGUUUCUCCACCACCCAUCCUAACGGCAGACAGAUCAUGUUGUCCUACCUGCUACCCUGGCUGUCUAACAUAGAGCUGGUGGAUACAGGCCUCCUACCCCCUGCUUCCAGCCCCUGUACCCCAGAAGAGGAGCCCCGUGGUCGGGCACACACCCUGGGUCUCGCCCCUCGGCUCCGGGGGAACGGCUGGGGCUCCCUCCAGGCCAGUUCUCUGGUCCUCAACAACCUCAUGUUCAUGACUGCUAAGUAUGGAGACGAGGUUCCAGGUCCAGAGAUGGAGAACGCGUGGAACGCCCUGGUGUCCAAUGAGAAGUGGAGUAACAACCUGCGUACAGCGCUCCAGUUCCUCAUCAGUCUCUGUGGAGUCAGCUCUGAUACCACGCUGCUGCCCUACAUCAAGAAGGUGGUGAUCUACCUGUGUCGUAACAACACCAUUCAGACCAUGGAGGAGCUGUUGUUUGAGCUGCAGCAGACAGACCCAGUCAACCCCGUGGUUCUGCACUGUGAUAACCCGCCCUUCUACCGCUUCGCAGCCAGUAACAAGAUGUCUGCUCACCACUCAGGCACUACGUCCAGCAGUAACACAGUAGUGGCAGGACAGGAGAACUUCCCAGAGACAGAGGAGUCCAAGCUGGCCAGAGAGAACGAGGAGAGGUGGGUCCCCAUCACCGCACCCUUUGGGUCCAAGGCUCACAACAGACUGGAGUCUCGCUACAGUAACAGCUCAGGCGGUUCCUAUGACGACGAGAAGAACGACCCUCUCCCGCCGUAUGCCGGUUGGCUGAUGAGCGUGUUGGAGACCAAUCGGCCGCAGCCGUUGCCCAUGCCAGUUAACGGAGGUUGCUGGGCGCCACUGGUGGACUACCUUCCUGAAACCAUCACACCUAGGGGACCACUACACAGGUGUAACAUAGCAGUGAUCUUCAUGACAGAGAUGGUGGUGGACCACAGUGUGAGAGAGGACUGGGCCCUUCACCUUCCACUACUGCUGCACGCCCUCUUCCUAGGUCUAGACCACUACAGGCCAGAGGUGUUUGAACACAGCAAGCGUCUCCUCCUCCACCUCCUCAUCGCUUUAUCCUGCAACAACAACUUCCAGGUCAUAGCCUCUGUGCUGCUGCUCACCAGAGAGAUCAGUGACAACAAAACACUCACCAUCAAAUCCAGCUAUCAGCCAGAGUACCAGUACUCAGGUGGUCCUGACUUCCUGCGGGAGUGGCAGGCGUCCCCGGUGGCUGACUCCGGCAUGAGCUCCUCCUCCAACUCUUCUUCUGCCAGUCUUGGCGGCGGCAGCACGGGGGGCAGUGUGGGUAACCUGCCCAUGGUAACCCCCGACGACCUGGAGGACCUAGAGGACACGGCCAGUGAGGCGGACAACAAGACCAACAAACUGAUAGAGUUCCUAACUACCAGUGCCUGGAGUACUGUUCUCUCCAUACUCAGAGCGUUUGGCCCGCUGUGGGUCCACGAAGACAUCACUCCUAAGAACCCCAACUGUAAGAGCUCUGACCAGCUGUCCAACUUCCUCCGACACGUCAUCUCUGUCUUCAAGGAGUCCAAGUCAGAUUUCCACCUUGAACAGCAGUUGAGUGAUGUAGCGUUGCAGACCGCUCUGUGCAGCUCGUCUCGUCACUACGCUGGGCGGAGCUUCCAGAUAUUCAGAGCUCUCAAACAGCCAAUCAACGCUCACGCUGUAUCCGACCUGCUCUCACGAUUGGUGGAGGUGGUGGGAGAGCACGGGGACGAGGUGCAGGGCUAUGUGAUGGAGGUGUUGCUGACUCUAGAAUCCGUGGUGGUGAACCUGGCUGAGUGUCUGAAGAACAGUGAUCUGAUGGCUGCUCUGACCAGGACCUCCUCCCCAGACUUCUUGACCAAUGAGAAGCUUGAGAAGCAGUUUAACAGGAAGAGCACUGGCCAGCUCAACCUGCCGGGGGUGGGGCUUAGCGGGCUCUCAGCCGAACGCAGCCGACACCAGCGGUCCUAUUCUGUACCCAAAAAGUUUGGUGAGAGCGGCAACCAAUCGCACGAUCCGCCUCGCAGCGCUACCCUUGACCGCAUCCAGGCCUGCACCAAUCACGGCCUGGGCCGGCCCGGACGGAGUAUCCACGCCUCCUCGGCGUCGACUAAUCGAAUUGAUCCUAGCGUGCUGUCUGAUCCUGCCCACGUGUCCCAUCCUUCGUCCCUAUUGGCUACCGUGUUCUGGGUGGCGGUGUCACUCAUGGAGUCAGAUUUUGAGUUUGAGUAUCAGAUGUCCCUCAGGCUGGUCCACAAGCUGCUGUCUAAGGUGCCCCUGGACCGGGCGGAGAACCGUGAGCGUUUGGAGAAGCUGCAGGCCCAGCUGAGAUGGAGUGGUUUUUCUGGACUACAACAGCUGUUGUUAAAGGGCUUCACCUCCCAGACGACCUCUGACCUCACCCUGCAACUCUUCUGUCAGCUCACACCUGUCUCACGAGUCCCCGUGGUCGACACAUCACAGGCUAUAGGUUUUCCCCUGAAUGUGCUGUGUCUCUUGCCUCAUCUGGUGCAACACUUUGGCCACCCCACUCAGUUCUGCAAGGAGAGCGCUGAGAGGAUUGCACAGGUAUGUCUGGAGGAGAAGAACACCAAGCUGUCUCACCUGGCCCACGUGAUGACCCUGUAUAAGAACAGGUCGUACACGCGGGACCCCUUCUCCUGGGUCAGCGUCGUGUGUCGCUAUCUCCACGAGGCCUUCGCUGACAUCACGCUCAACAUGGUCACCUACAUGGCUGAGCUCCUGGACAAGGGCCUACCCAGCAUGCAACAGUCAUUGCUCCAGAUCAUCUACUGUCUGUUGAGCCACAUGGACAUGACGGUUGUCCAGGUCAGACAGUUCAACGCUGACGUCCUGAAGACCAUCGAGAAGUUUGUACAGACGGUCCACUGGAAGGAUGCGUUAAACAUUCUGAAGCUGGUGGUGUCUCGGUCAGCCAGUCUGGUCCACCCAGCUUAUAGCCACGCCCACGGUGACCUCUCUAACCUGGAGGUCAGUAGGAUCUGGGACGGAUCAGCCAAGGCCCUGCCCGGCAAGACACUGGACUUCACCUUUGACAUAUCAGAGACUCCAGUGAUCGGGCGGAGGUUUGAUGAGCUGCAGGGGUCAGGGGGUAGAGAGGGGAAGGCCAGGGCUGUGACCCGUAGCACCUCCUCCACCUCCUCUGGUUCUAACUCCAACACCGUCCUAGUGCCUGUCAGCUGGAGGAGACCUCAGUCCUCACAGAAGAGAACUAGAGAGAAGCUGGUGAACGUUCUGUCUCUGUGUGGACAAGAGGUUGGCCUCACCAAAAACCCCUCGGUGAUAUUCUCGUCCUGUGGGGACCUGGACAUGAUGAUGGAGGUUCAGGGGAGCGGCGUGUCUUCGGAGGAGGGAGGAACCAGAGAAGACACGCUGGAUGACACGGCGUCGGAGCAGCAGUUCAGAGUGUUCCGAGACUUUGACUUCCUGGAUGUAGAGCUGGAGGACGGAGAGGAGCUCCAGGGCGAGAGCGUGGAUAACUUUAACUGGGGUGUACGGAGGCGUUCUCUGGACAGCACAGAGCUUGGUGACCUGUUAGAGGAGAGUCAACACUCAGGCAGCACCCCCAGUCUGGGACAAGAAGACCCACAGGACUCUGACCAAUCAUCAGAGGAAGAAGAGUCCUCUACCAGUCAGAGUCUGUCUCACUCACAACUGACUAAUCUCUCUCCGUCAGAGGAGACCAACCACACGGACUCUCUCUCUACGUCGUGCGACACCACAUCAGCCGACCCACAAUCCCUCAACGCCACCACACCAGGUACCAGCCAGGGACCUCCACACGACGAGCAGGGAGGACUACGGGGUGGUGAUGAUGAAGACACCCAGGGGCAGGACGAUGACCUGUCUCUCAGUGUAAACGACCUUCCCCAGGGCCAGGACGAUGACCUGUCUCUCAGUGUGAAUGACCUUCCCCAGGGCCUGGGAUCUGACCUGUCUCUCAGUGUGAAUGACCUUCCCCAGGCCCUGGGAUCUGACUGUUGGGAGGGGGAGAGCUUCACUCUGGACCUGGAACACCACGGUCACCAUGGACACAGCAUGGAGCUCUGUAGACCCCCGCUGGGGUUUCUAGACCCUAGCUGUCUGCCCAGUCUCCGUGAUGACGUGGAUGACCUAGAGGACCUUGGUUUUCCUCCUCCCCCCUCACCGUUCUUCUCCGCCAUCUUGGCUGCGUUCCAACCCACUGUUUGUGACGACGCUGAGGAGGCAUGGCGUUGCCAUAUCAACCAGCUGGUAACCGACUCAGACGGAUCCUGUGCCGUCUAUACUUUCCACGUCUUCUCAUCGCUCUUCCAGAACAUCCAGACUAAGUUCUGUUCCCUGACCAGUGACGCCGCUGGUUACCUAGGAGACGGCCUGAGGGGCAUCGGGUCAAAGUUCGUGAGGUCAUCUGACAUGUUGACAACGUGUUCCGACUGCCCCACGCUCUACGUAGACGCUGAUACGAUCAUCUCCUAUGGUUUACUAGAGAAGAUGAAGUUCAGUGUGUUGGAGCUGCAGGAGUAUCUGGACACCUACAACAACAGAGAAGAGGCCGCUGUCUCAUGGCUGAGGAACUGUAAGGACACGUUUCCCAGAUGCCCUGGCGAUGGCGUGAUUACCUGUCAGCCAGGAGACUCAGAGGAGAAGCAAAUGGAAUCUCUGGCACAACUGGAGCUGUGUCAGCGUCUCUACAAGCUUCACUUCCAGCUGCUCCUCCUCUUCCAGUCCUACUGCAAGCUGAUUGGACAGGUCCAUGCUGUCAGCGCUGUGCCUGAGCUGCUUAACAUGUCUCGAGAGCUGAGUGACCUAAAGACCAGUCUAAGAGCAGCAGAGGCAGCGGUGGCUAGCAACCUGGAACACACACACCUGGCCCACACCCAGACCCAGGCCUCUGCCGCCCUGCCCAACUUCAGCUCCCCCGAGGCAGCCAUACAGGCCAUCCUGGAGUGCCUCAACAACCAGGAGUUCAGCAAGGCCAUACGCUACAUCCACGAGUGCAGGAGGCUGUGGCCUAACGGUGUGUUUGGCGGUGGGUCAGAGAGCGAGGUGCAGACCCUCCUCAAUGUCUAUUUCCGACACCAGACCCUGGGCCAGACGGGGACCAUCGCCCUGGUUGGGUCACGCCAAGACCUCAGCCUUAUCUGUUCCAAGCUGCUGGAGCUCAACGGGGAGAUCCGGGACAUGAUCCGUCGCGCUCAGGGAUACCGGGUGGUCAACACCUACCUCCCCGACUCCUCUGCCUCAGGGACAAGCCUCUGACAGCAGCACAGGAGCCCCCCUCGUACCCCUCAUGCACCCUUAUUAGCCUUGACCCGACAAACCUCAUCCUCCCCGUCACCCCUACUGCCCCUGAUCCCAUCGCAGAUGGUGCUGUUACCCCCGACCAUAACACCACUACCACCAUCUCUACUGCCCCAAACCCAGCCUCACUUCUGGCCUCUCCCUCCAACUCAACCAUAGACUUGUCUCUGCCCUUACUCAUAGACUUCUACUGGCCUCCCCCAGACCUCUCCAGACCCCACUGUGAGUGCACAAACAUACAUCAGGCCUCUCACACGCACUCGUUACAGUGCAUUCCAAACCUCAGCCCUAACACACACACUCCACUCAAUCCAGGUAACACAUUGCCCGACCUUACGCACACACACACAUGUCCUGCUAUCCCACCUCGUGGACCACACCUCCCGUACUCCCCUUACACACAUCCAGAACCAGUCUUAGACACACAAGGUCUGGUCCCUCUCCUUCCUCCUCUUCCUCCUGACCCAGCCCAAGGUGCAGAGGCGGGGUGGGGGUGCUGCUGCGCCAUCGGAGGGGGUGGUACACCCCUGUCCCGUUACCUGGUGAAGGUGGGUCACACCGCCUGGCCCCUACUCAGAGUGGGGGGGCUCCUGAACCCUAAACAACCCUCGGGUGUUCACACCUGAGGGUCAAUAUACCUGAUAGACUCACCUGAUGAUGCUGGUCAUACCUGAUGAUGCUGGCCACACCUGAAGAUUUCAACCACACCUGAUGAUUCUGAACACACCUGAUGCUGACCACACCUGAUGAUGCUGGCCACACUUGAUGCUGACUGUACCUGAAGAUCUCAACCACACCUGAUGAUGCUGGCCACACCUGAAGAUCUCAACCACUCCUGAUGAUGCUGGCCACACCUGAUGAUGCUGACCACACCUGAUGAUGCUGACCACACCUGAUGAUGCUGGCCACACCUGAAGAUCUCAACCACUCCUGAUGAUGCUGGCCACACCUGAUGAUGCUGGCCACACCUGAAGAUCUCAACCACUCCUGAUGAUGCUGGCCACACCUGAAGAUCUUAACCACACCUGAUGAUGCUGGCCACACCUGACGAUCUCAACCACCGCUGAUGAUGCUGGCCACACCUGACGAUCUCAACCACUCCUGAUGAUGCUGGCCACACCUGAAGAUCUCAACCACUCCUGAUGAUGCUGGCCACACCUGAAGAUCUUAACCACUCCUGAUGAUGCUGGCCACACCUGAAGAUCUCAACCACUCCUGAUGAUGCUGGCCACACCUGAAGAUCUUAACCACUCCUGAUGAUGCUGGCCACACCUGAAGAUCUCAACCACUCCUGAUGUUGCUGGCCACACCUGAAGAUCUCAACCACUCCUGAUGAUGCUGGCCACACCUGAAGAUCUCAACCACUGCUGAUGAUGCUGGCCACACCUGAAGAUCUCAACCACUCCUGAUGAUGCUGGCCACACCUGAAGAUCUCAACCACUCCUGAUGAUGCUGGCCACACCUGAAGAUCUCAACCACACCUGUGGAUUAAAAGACCUAAGUCCCCGAGAGAGACCAAAGGACAUAUGUGAAACACCUGAUGAUUUACCUGACCUGAUAUCAGAUUCAACCUGUGAAUGAAAAUACCUGAUCUCAGUGAAACCUUAGGAUGGGGGAAGUAUCUACCUGUUACCACCAGGUAACAUGGGGAUCCACUACCUGACGCCUCACCUGUGGGUGAAUGUCCCAGAGUCAUAGCUUCUAUUGCACUAACAUGGACUUCUGAGAGGAGAGGAGGAGCCGUUACUACUGAGAGAGACAUUCAAUCAUGCUGUUUAUCUGUGAGAGAGAGAUAGAGGCCAAGGACUGGAAGGUUGUAUAUCUCUCACCAUGUGUGUGUAUCUACUGUUGAAAGAGUUUCUUUAGGGGAAAAUGUGCACUGCUUGACCUAGAGGAAUGCUGUAUUCUAGAAUCCACAGCCUCUACUUAGCAUCGGUUACCCGGACGAUGUUUAGUUCUACAACAGAAGUGGGCAUUCACGAUGAAGACUGUUAGGAUCCGUCUGCAUCGCUGCCCCUCCACAUGGAGCAGCAUCGUGUGAAGAGACAGGACACAGACUAGUAUUCAGUUGUUUAAUCUUGUUGCCUGGUUUUCUGAACCUGAAUGCUUCUCGUGUAUUAGUGAACCAGCUCCUCAAGACCACUGUAAGACUAGCCUACCUUAGACGAUUAUAUUGAUUAGUAUGUACACACUGGCUAUACGGUGUAGCAUAUUGUGGGUCUACGUAUACACACGCCAUUUGUUACCGUGACCAUCCUAUAUUGUGAUGUGUAACUGACAUGGGGAGGGGGGGAAGAGUACAGCUGUACACACACUAAAUACUCCGUCACAUGGACGUGUGCUGACAUCCACUGGUUUAAAUGUUAACUAAACAUGAGCUGCUGGGCCCUGUUCCAAUACUUUAAAUCCUUAACUUCCAUCUUGCCUUGAAGGAAUCACUGACCAGGGUGGUUAAGGUUCAAAUACUAGUAAGGUCUGAUCAGUGGCCAAGGAAGGAUGCAUUUAAGUAUUGGAACAGGGCCAGACACUUCCUGUGAUGGUCAGUCACUUGUGAUUCCUUUCCACACGAGUUCAGUCUAGUCUUGUCUAUACCCGAUUAAGCUCUAUCCUAUUCCUGACCAGCUUUAUAGAUUUUCCCCCACGUUCCUUCAAUUCAAACUGAUUUAACUGCCAUGCAUGUGUAUAUUGUAACGGACGACAUGUAUUCAGAAGAUUCAUAUUUUAUCUGAUAGAUGCGUUUGUGUGCGAGAGAAAGUGUGCGUCAAGAGAAAAGCACAUUUUUAAAGCGUUGUAGAGGAAGACAGUUUUCACUUUGUAAAUAGUUUUACAGCUUUGUGAAGUCAUUGAGUUGAUGCCAUGUCUCAAAAUAAAGACCUCAAAAUGUUUGCCCUUUCGGGUCACUUCUGUUGAUAGGAAUCAAAAGUCGUACAGCUCAGUUGUGUUCUCGUUGCCCUGUUAAAGGAAUCCCCAAACAGUUACAUUACACCAGUGGAUGAGCUGGUUCAUGAACACCUCAAAACAAGCAGAGUGCAUUGGAUGAGCUGGUUCAUGAACACCUCAAAACAAGCAGAGUGCAUUGGAUGAGCUGGUUCAUGAACACCUCAAAACAAGCAGAGUGCAUUGGAUGAGCUGGUUCAUGAACACCUCAAAACAAGCAGAAUGCAUUGGAUGAGCUGGUUCAUGAACACCUCAAAACAAGCAGAAUGCAUUGGAUGAGCUGGUUCAUGAACACCUCAAAACAAGCAGAAUGCAU